UUAACUCAAAAUUUCUUCAUACAUCUUGAUAGAAUAUACUGGAAACCUAUUUCAAAUCUGCAAUGUAUUUCGCCACGCAAGAUAAACAAAGUUCCUCCGGUCAAUUGCAACGUCUGAAACCUUCCAACAGUCGUAAUACAAAGACUUAUUAUUUCAGUUCGUAAAUAGUUUCAAAACCAUUAACUAAAAAGCAUGCCUAUAAGUCUGACUUAAUUAAAGAUAUACGAGUUUAGUCAUGUAACCAACACGUUGGAAUCAAAGAGAAUUCUUUAUCCAUAGGAUAUAUAAUUGAGUCGAUCUCUUUUACAAAUGAAUAUUUCAAGUAGCGUUACAGAAUAUUGUCCUGACUGUAUCGCAAGAAUGCUUGAAAUUCUUUCACUGAGUAAUUACUUUUGAGUAAUUGUCGCAGACAACAAUUGCACGUCGCAGAGAUGAAAGAGACAAUUUGUUAAAUCCCCGGCUUCCACAGCCGGGGAGAUGUGAAAAUAGCAAUUGGUGACACUAUUGGAGAAGUCUACUAUAGGCAUGCGACUCGCUGUACGACUGGUGCUUCGGAAAUCGGCAUCACUGUAGUAAACAAUACACAUCGAAAACCUCGCCCUCGGCAGUGAUACCAUCUCAUCCCAGUUCCUGCCAGAUUCCCCAGAAUAAAGAACAGCGUGGAAAGAUACGUAACAUUUCUGUGAGAAACUUUAAUCCAGACAGUGAUAUUUUCAAAACUGAGAACCUAUCAUUGUCAAUCAGAAUGUUCGAAAAGGAUGUGAAUUUAAAAUUUUGAAACUGAUGACGUAGUGACCUAGAUGGAGAACCUAAGGAUUGACGUUACCUAAAAGUCUUGGACCAGCAAUACCGUGACCCCCUCGAUGAUGACGUCGGACGGUCCGGGGUGGAAGCGGAUGGUAGUUCUGUUUGUUUUGGUGGUCGUUUACUUGUGCGUGGGAGCUGCUAUCUUCAGCCAUAUUGAGGGCGAUCCAGAAAUAGAACGACGCCUUCAGCUAGAGGCAUUCCUCAAAAACUUCAUAGGUAAUCACAGCUGCCUGGACCACGAGGAUCUGAUUGGGGUAUUACGUGAGGUGAAUCAGGAGUUCACGUUUGCACUGAACACUCUGCGUAACAGAACAGUGUACACCCAGUGGGAUUUCACUGGCGCCUUUUCUUUCGUUGUCACGGUCGUGACUACUAUAGGUUACGGGAACCUCGCUCCCCGGACGUAUCCCGGCAAGGUGGCGCUGGUAGUCUACGCCCUUAUCGGGAUCCCCAUCACCUUAAUCAUGCUGAACUACCUGGGUCAGUUGCUGACGCGGCUCUCUACCCGGGUCAACAAGUGCAGGCUGUGCUCGACCAAGCCGCUAGUCAACAAGGUGUUGAACAUGGUACUGAUUGUGAUGCUGGGGCUGACCAUCCUGUUCAUCCUCCCAGCCUCCGCCUUCAGCUACUUCGAGGACUGGACGGUCCUGGAGGCGCUCUAUUACUGCUUCGUUACGCUCAGUACUAUAGGAUUUGGAGAUUAUAUAGCAGCUAUGUCGGAGAACAGCCUGGGUACCCGUGGUCUGGAGGACGUGUACCGUGUGGUCACCUAUGUGUGGAUUCUGUUCGGUCUGGCCUACUUAUCGCUUCUAAUAAACUACAUCUCCAAUGUAUUCAUUAAGAAGGCUGAAGAAAUGGAGCGACUCACAAAAGAGAAACUAGAGGCAGAGGUGUCUAGACUACAACAAGAAUUAUCAAAAACCGGCAAGUCUGUCUACAAAACAGCGGCGAACGUCAAAUCCAGCGUAAAGGGCAAAGUGUGGGAAGCGCCCUCUAACGGCAUUGAUCAGGAGACAGGGAGCGUGACCCUGCUACGUAUAGCUCAACUAGACGAAAGUUAGAAAGAACACGUACUGAUUGUGAAACCUUAAAGCUGCUGAGAGAGAGAGAGAGAGAGAGAGAGAGAGAGAGAGAGAGAGAGAGAGAGAGAGAGAGAGAGAUUGAUUCUGCUUUGCAACUUGUGUGAUACAACAUAAUGCAUACAUGGCAAAACAACUCUUAUUUUAACUUCCAAAACGUAAUUUGGUUUAAUUUAUUUGAAAAGAUUAUCAUUAACAAUAUGGAGCAUUUUUUAUAAGAAAGAACAAUGUAAAACACCCAUUACUGGUGUGUCAGCAUGGUCAUGUGAUCCAUUCCUUGUUUGAUAAUUGAAUUGAUUUGUUUCAUAAUACAUACACUAGGAUUGGUUACAAAUUGCCACAUUUUUAAAAUAAACUGGUCAUCCUCUUCACAACACACAUCUCCCGAGAUUCGUCAAUAUUUUUUCAAUCUCAACGAAUCUUGAUGAGAUUAAUCUAUACGUUAAUGAAUUAAAUGAAACAUAUCUUGCGUUGUUUACCUAUAUUAAAAUAACAUGAAUUUUGGUCGUUUAGUAGUAGUUAAAAUUUUCAAUACUAUACUCUGUCCUAAAUUUCUGCUUCAACCACUUUUUGCUUAAAAUAUCUCGGUAAUUAUAAAUACCUUCGUGCCCAAACUACGUUUAUCCACUAGAACCAGAUUUUUUGUUUUGAUGCACCCCCUUUGCCGCUUCAAGUUUCAAUACACAACCCAAAAUAGAAAGUCUACAGGGAUUUUGCAUUGCAAAUGAAUGAAAAAUAACCGGAUAACAAUGAACAAUUGUGUGAGGUGUCCCGAAUAUUUCCGAAUGGAGAAAAGAUGUAAAUAUUCUCCAUUAUAAAUCUCCGUAAGAAAGGACAGGGCCGUAUAAGCAUUACAUAACCCCUAAUUGAAGCAAUUAAAAAGGACCUUGUUCGAAUGUAAAUAAAAUAUGUAUUCUUGUCUUGUAUACAUUGUUUAUGGUAUUUUCACGAUGCAUGUCAAUAACGUGUUUUCAUUCUAAAAACACAAGAAAUAUAGGUUUCCAAAUUAAGCCACACGACGUAUUGUGCCUAAAUCUUGAUCAUUUACUGUGAUAGAAUAUUUAUGUAAUAGAUCAGGGGUUGAAAUAUUCCAGGAAAACUCACUAGCCCAGGGGCUACUAGUCAGUAAAAAAUUACUAGCCCAAAGCUCAAAUCAGCUAGCCCAACCAUUUUAAGAUGCAAAAUAAAAAUACAUGUAUAACACAAUUACAGCUGUUUAAUUCAUUUUGAAAUAAAUUCUUCUCAGAGAUAACACAUUUUAUGUUUAAACAUUAAUCAUAUUAUAAUACAGUUCUGAAUCCCCUUAAUUUGCUAGCCAAAUGGACUAUCAGUUGGUAAAAAUGAGCAUGCCCGAGUUUUAAACUGACUAGCCCCGGGCGUCGGGCUACCGUAUAUU